AGGGGUGUCACGUGGGGUAAGGGCUCACUUGCAAGGAAGCCGGGCAGUCCUGGGUGGCUGAGUCAGGGGCCCCGCAGGAAACAGAGUCUCUACAGGAGAUGGAGACGGCUGCCCCGCCACGAUCCCAGGCCAAGGUGGCUUCCCCCUUAGAUUCCUACCGUUGGCGGCGGGGGGGAGACAGGUCAGCAGGGACCUCCAGAUGGAGCCGCUUUCAAGGCUGGGGCCGAGCCCUGAGUAACCCCGAGACCUCAGAGCCACCGACCACAAAGCCCUCUCAACGGUCUCUCUUCCGUCGGGCUGUGUCUGCCUCUGCCAAGGAGUCAGGAGGGGGCUGGAACUGGAAACUUUCCAAGUACCUUCGCUCUGGGAGUCAGCAACAGGUACCUGAGCAUGUGACUGGAUCCCAGCAGGAGGCAGCGCCAGAAUCAGAGCCGUUGGAGCCCCUGCCUGUGAUUCCACGCAUCCCCGAGGCCCCCCCGGCCGAUGUUCCCGUCUGGGACAUCAGCAGCUUCACCCUCCUGGAUGGGAAACUGCUGCUGCUGGGGAGAGAGGAGGAGCAGGCUCCAGGGAGACACCUUCCCAGGACUGGGAGCAUGGGCUCUGAGGGCAGCGGGCAGCUGGCAUCCGGAGGGGCCAAGGAGCCAGAGCAGAGAAGAGGUGAGCCAGAGGCCACCAGCACCAACCAAGGCCACAACGUGAGGGGUUUGCUAUGGAAGAGACUCAAGGAGAAGAAGAAAGGGAAAGCCGGAAGCACUGGAACAGGGUCUUCCAGUGUCCGGGGCUCUCAAGAAUCCCUUGUAAAUGAAGGUUCCAUCAAAGAUCUGGACCUGAGCAGUGAGCGAAAUGUCCAAGUAUGGCCUCUGCACCCCAGCCUCCUUGGAGAACCCUACUGCUUUCAGGUAACUUGGCCCAACGGCAGCCGAUGUUUCUCCUGUGGCUCAGCAGCUGAGCGGGAUCGAUGGAUUGAGGAUCUGCGCCAGAGUCUGCAACCCCACCAGGAAAGCCAAGAAAGGGAAGAGACGUGGCUGAGCGUGUGGGUCCACGAGGCCAAGGGACUCCCACAAGGUAGCUCUGUUGGCCUUCGGGUAGAGCUGUGGUUGGAUGGAGCCUUGUUGGCCCGUACGGCUGCCCGGCCUGGCCCUCACUUCUGGGCCGAACGCUUCCACUUUGAAGCGCUGCCCCCCGCCCGCCAUCUUUCCCUUCGCUUGCGCCAGGCCAACAGGGACUUAGGCAAUGUAUCCCUGGCACUGACUGAGCUGGGACCGAUGGGAGGGGGCCUGGAGCGAUGGUUUCCUCUGGAAGGAGGAUCUCCGGGGGCAGCCUUGAGGGCACGGGUUCGAGCACGCUGUCUGCGGAUACUACCCACUGAGCGCUACAAGGAAUUGGCAGAGUUCCUCACCUUUCACUACCCAGAGCUGUGCCAUGCCCUGGAGCCCCAGCUGCCUGCCCAGGCCAAGGAAGAGUUAGCAGCUACCAUGGUCCGUGUGCUGCAUGGAACCGGAAAAGCCCAGGCACUAGUGACAGACCUUGGCCUGGAAGAGCUGGCCCACUGUGGAGGGAAAGAAGCAUUGCUGUUCCGAGAAAACACAUUGGCCACGAAGGCCAUCGAUGAGUACAUGAAGCUAGUGGGUCAGAGCUACCUGCAGGAAACACUAGGAGGACCCAUGGGACGUCUCUGCGCCUCUGAAGAUGGCUGUGAAGUAGAUCCCAGCAAGUGCCCUGGGCCAGCCCUAGCCCAGCACCAGGUCACCCUGAGGCAAAGCUGUGAGGAUGUCUUCCUCAGCAUCACCCGCUCCUCCGAUUGGUUCCCGGCUGAGCUGAAUGCUGUGUUCUCCAGCUGGUGGGCAGCGUGCCAGGAGCGGGGAGCUGAGCCCCUGGGGGAGAGGCUGGUUUGUGCCUCACUCUUUCUACGAUUCCUGUGUCCGGCCAUCAUGUCUCCAAGCCUCUUCGGCCUUGCCCAUGAGUACCCAGGCCCUGGCCUGGCUCGAACCCUUACCCUCAUUGCCAAAGUCAUUCAGAACCUUGCCAACCGAGCUCCGUUUGGGGAAAAGGAAGAUUACAUGAGCUUCAUGAAUGAUUUCUUAGAGCAACACAGCUCAGCCAUGCAGCAUUUCCUGGUCCAAGUGGCCUGUGGGGAUGGGGACAGGGCCCCUAGGGGCUACCAAGGCAGUGGAGACCUGGCCAGAGGCCUAGCCAUCCUGCACAUUCAGCUCCGCACUAUCUUCUCUGAUCUGGACCAGCCCACACAGGAGAGCCUGGAACCAUUGCCCACCAUACUUCAAGCCAUUGAGGAAGGCCGCCCUGUGCCCGUGUCCGUUAGUAUGCGCCCUCGUGCUACCAACAUCAGGGCCCAGGUCCAUGCAAGUUUUUCAGAGAAGCCAGGCUUCCUGCCCCCCAGGGACCUCUCCAAGCACACCCCUCUCAUCUCCAAGAGCCAGUCCCUCAGAAGCAUACAGGGCCAGCCCGCAAAGAAACUGCGUCGCCAACUCCAGCGCACCCAAAGUGUCCCUGCCUCCCGGACAGCCAGUCCCCGCACGUCAGGGCCCUUGUCCCAGACCAGGCCCAAGGGCUCCCUUCAGAGAGGUUCCUCGCCGCAGGGCCGCUCCAGGCUUGGAGUCUCUGCUUCCCUGCCUAGGAAGUCCUCCGUGCCCUGGCAGCGCUUCCUGGAGAAGCCCCAUGAAGCAGACCAUAGCACUUGCACUCACCGACUCCCUGGCAAGGGACAGCUGGCCGAGCUUCGCCAAGAGAUAGUCUCCCUGUGGGACCAGCAGAAAACGCUGGCUAGCCGGCUGGAGGUCCUAGCCAGUGAGACUCAGGCCCUCAGGGAACAACAGAAGAAGUUACCUGGCCAACUGGAAGAGAUUCAAGGCCAGUUUAAGGCCAGGAUUCAGAAGCUGGAUCCCAAAUGUAGCCCAGGCCCCCAGAGCAGGAGCAGUGAAAAUGCCAAGCUGGAGAGUUUGGAACACCGCCUAGCUGACCUCGAGAGGUCAUAUACUCAGCUGGUGCAUUGGAUGCAGGAUCAGCAAAAAGCCCCUAGGAUGCAGCUUCAGCCCCUGAAGAUGCCCUGCACCAAUGGAGAUGCCACUUGACCCUGUCCAGGGUUAGGCCGAGCUUCUAUGUAGGCACUGAUGUAGUAGAGGCAGAUAGCAAAGUAUGGGAACCAAGGUGCAGAUCUGUGCUGCCAAUAUUUCCUUUGUCCUCUGCCAGUCUACCUUCGCCCCUCAGUCCCUUGGGCUUUGCCCAUUUCUGUCCUUGUCCUUUUGACCUCAAGGAGGCAAGGAUGGGGUAGGAUUGGACAUGAUAAGUUUUGACUGAUGGAAUCACCCAACACAGAACUUUGCAUCAUAAAAUUGUGAAUUGAAAUAAAAGUUCUUUUU